GACACUUGACAGAUUGACGCAGGCAGAUGUGCAAAUAGGCAAUGAAUGGACUGAACUAGUUUAAAAGUGUUACAUUUUCGAAAAAUCAUUACUAAAAGAUGCUUAUAUUUUGUAAAUAAUGCACUUUUCUGUAAAAAAUCUGCCUCGUAUUUGAUAUCUUUCUAAGAAUUUCUUAAAACUUAAAAUCAUUUAAGGUUAUAAACCGCAAGUGUACUAUCAGUAUUUACACGUAUGCAGUAGUGCUGAAGCAAAAUUGUUUUCUGUGAAUUUAAACCUGAAAUGACGUGAAAGUAGUAAUAAAUAUAAAUCUAUUAAUAAUGCUGCCCCUUAUACAAAAGGAUACGCGAGUGACGCGGGGUUCGAUCGGAGGUUUUCCUGAAAAGUUCCAAAAUUGGCUGAGAUUGAUAUUUUCGGACAAAAAUUCAAAAAAUUUAUUUCUAUUCCUCAUUUUGAAUUUGUCCUUCGCAUUUGUUGAGUUGUUUUACGGAGUAUGGACGAAUAGUUUAGGUCUUAUAUCUGAUGCAUUCCAUAUGUUCUUUGACUGCACGGGACUGGUGGCAGGCCUUGCUGCAUCGCUAGUGUCCAAGUGGAGGGCAAAUGAACGCUUCUCAUAUGGCUAUGCUAGAGCAGAGGUGCUGGCAGGCUUUGUAAAUGGACUCUUCUUGCUUUUCAUAGCCUUCUUUAUUAUGAAAGAAUCUGUAGAGCGGGCCAUAGAACCUCCUGAGGUGAAACACGAACGUCUUUUAGUCGUUUCAAUACUCGGUUUCCUAGUUAACCUAGUGGGUAUAUAUGCAUUCCACCACGGGCACGGACAUGGUCACGGUGGUCAUGGCCACUCGCACGGUGGUGGUCACGGCCACUCGCACGACCACAACUCGCAUGGUCACUCACACAACGACAUCGAAGCGCCCACCGGUGCCGGCUCCGCCAUCAUGCGCGGGGUGUUCCUCCACGUACUCGCAGACACCCUGGGCUCAGUAGGUGUGAUAAUAUCUGCCAUAUUGAUGCAGAUGUUCGGCUGGAUGCGAGCAGAUCCGAUAUGCUCGAUGGCGAUAGCGCUGCUCAUAGCAGGAAGUGUAUUCCCUCUUGUGUUGGACUCUGGUGGUGUUCUCAUGCAACGGACUCCAACGUCUCUAGAGCGUGCCCUCCCAAACUUAUACACACGGGUUGUGGGCCUGGCCGGUGUGCACUCGGUGCAAGACCCCCACUUUUGGACACUUUGCAGUGAUAUCCAUAUUGGAGCUAUCAAAUUAGAGGUCGCCAGGGAAGUAGAUCCGCGGUAUAUCACCGAACAAGCCGCGCGAAUAUUCCGAGAGGUGGGUGUCAAACACCUGACCGUCCAAUUGGAUUAUUCACCACUUUGAUUAGGAACGUAAAUUUAUCACAAAUGUACAUAAAUACCACAGAGUGAAUGUUUUAUUGUAUAUAAGGCAAAGUAAUUUAAUUUUGUGAGCGCAAAGUAAAUAUCUACUGAUUCAAAUGUGUUUCUCUAUACGAUUUCGCAAUAGAUAUCGAUUUUAGACAAGUUUGAAUGUGUAGGGUUUGUCCCAAAAAUAUAGGUAAUAAAUAGAAAUGCAUAUGCAGGGUGCUUAGACUUGUUGACUGGUGUCAUAAAAGCCAAUUAGUAAUAAAUACCUACUUCUGUUGAGACAUUUAUACAAACAAUGUAGUGCUUUUUUAUAAAAUUAAAAAGCAUAUAAUUUUUUUUGGAACUGACAGCAUGUGAGCCUGCAACUCUGGCAAUCGCGGCAUGAACACUUUAACCUAUUAAGCUA